AUGGCGUGCAUGUCGUGCGAUGCACUGCGCAGCGCGUUGAUGCAAUCCAAGACCGCGCUGGCGGCGACAACAUCCGAACUCGCGGCGCUUCGGGUCCACACCGAGCAGAGUGUGCCGGAUCUGGGGACCUACCGCGUGUACAUCGUCCACGCCCGCAGCCAAGUGCGCGCGUUGCAAGCGCAGCUCGACGCGGAGCGCGCGCUCUCGGACGAGUUGCGUCGCGAGCUCCUUACGUACAAAACGGCUUCGUUGGCGCCGAUCGAGAUGCGCCCACUGCACGACUCGUUGCUUUCGUCCGUCUCGGCACUCGAAACCACAAUUGCCUCGUUGGCGACGUUCCAUGAUCACCAAUGA